AUGAAUGAAGCAGAAAAUAAAGUAGCAGCUUUGUGGGUUUGGGAUAUGGAUGGAUUUGAAAGUGAAAACGAUUCUUCCGAAGAAGCUAGUCAACCAUGUUCAACUGGAGGUACUAAGACUUCAUAUUUUGGUAACAAACAUGAAGACGAAUAUGACAUAAUGGCUAAACCCAGGGCUAUGCAAAUUAGAAAACUAGCACCUGACCAAAAAUUUUAUGCACGGAAAAUCAUCAAUGACGUUUUAUUUGAGGGUUCCAUGGGCACACUAACCAGGAACGGUGUGUUAAACAACGGGCCUCAAAAUUCUAUUCAAACCACUAAUAAUUUAAAUCUGAUUCAGCCAGAAGACCUUAUGCCAGACAGUGAUAUAGUAACUUAA